UCUCUCUGUCUCUGUUAGCACAUUCCAAUCUCACAAGGGUUACUUUGCUUGAAUAUUUCAAUCAGCUAAGCAAGCUAAAGUUCGAGACUUGAGAUCAUCAGAGAAAUAAAAGACACAAAAACUUGUUGGGUUAGUUCCCGAUCAUCUUCAAGCAUUCGAUUGGCCCAACUUUGUUGUAAAGGGAGGGAUCAAGAUUGCCCAUUGGUACAGGUUUUUCUUCCUACCGAGUACCGAUGAAGAAGCUUUUUGUGGAACUAUAAAAUAAGAUGUUGAAUUGUAGUUUCUGGACAAAAGCCCAAAACACGGUGGCAAUUGAUAACCGAGAAAAGGAUCUACAAGCACAAGGCUGUGAAACGAAAAAGCUAAACAGAAAUCAAACCCAAGGGGCCCAAGUUCAAUGCCAUAUAAUGGAGCCCAAGGAAAGAAAAAGAGGCGAACCGUAUCCUAUUAAACACCUUCAACUUUUUGACCUUACAGUCCUUACUGACUAUCAUGUUAAGAAAAGUUCAGACAGGGAAAAUCUUUGUUCUCAAUCUUAUUCGAAGAGACCAAAAAGGGGCGUGUUUUUCCACAUAGUAUUGGAGAGGAACAUGCAAUUGCAUCCUCGCCACUUUGGUCGUAAUCUACGGGAAAACCUUGUAUCCGAUCUCAUGAAAGAUGCUGAGGGCACUUGCAGUGGUAGACAUGGUUUUGUGGUGGCAAUAACAGGCAUAGAGAACAUAGGGAAAGGCUUGAUUCGAGACGGGACAGGGUUUGUGACAUUCCCUGUGAAGUAUCAAUGUGUUGUAUUUAGACCAUUUAAAGAGAUCUUGGAAGCUGUUGUUACCAUGGUGAACAAGAUGGGAUUCUUUGCAGAAGCUGGACCUGUUCAAUUUUUCGUUUCUAACCAUUUGAUUCCUGAUGAUAUGGAGUUUCAGUCUGGAGAUAUGCCAAAUUAUACUACCUCUGAUGGAUCGGUUAAGAUUCAAAAAGAUAGUGAAGUGCGGUUGAAGAUAAUUGGAACUCGAGUAGAUGCUACGGAAAUAUUCUGUAUUGGUACCACAAAAGACGAUUUCUUGGGUGUGAUUAAUGAUCCCACAACAACUUAAUCGGAUGUUGGGUAUGCGCUGCCCUGUCAUGGAAAUUUCAGGAUCAAAGCAAGAAGAUUCAGACAGUUCUUCUAACAAAGCAAAAUCCCAUAAAAAGUCUGACAAAAGUGGGAAAAAGGAAGGGAAUGUGGAUGAUGCUGAUUAUCAGGGUGCCAUUACUACUACUACGACAGCCAGCAGUGAUGCUGGAAUGGCUGCUGCUGUAGCAGUGGGUGCCACUACAGCACAUGCCUCCGCUGUGGAAUGAAGUGGUUGCGAUGGUUGUCAUGCAGGUGGUGGUGUUGGCGGCUGAUAGCCGGACACUAUUUCAAAAAAGCUGGUUCAGUUUUUGGCCUUUGGCAUUCUUCAUCAUAUUGAUUUCAGAAUCUUUCUUUCAUCUUGCAUGAAAGUUGCUUGUUUUUUUCAUCUUUAUAUUUUUGGUGUUCUUUUUUUUUUCCCCGAGUCUAAGUUGUGCAUUGGGAUUACUGGUUUUUAUUUCCAGUUGAACGUGUAAUCAUUCUUGUUUCCCGAAUAAGAUUGAAGAUCAUUUGAAA